AUGUCAAAAGAAGCAAGAGCAGCAGCAGCAGCAGACUUCCCGCAGCAGCUGCAGCAGCUGCACCUCGGCUUCCAGCAGCUGCAGGUGCCCCCGCCGCCGCCGACUUUUCAGCUGCAGACAAAACACAUGCAGAGGCACGCAGCAAAAGCCCUUAGAGUGCAUGCACUGCAGCAGCAGCAGCAGCAGCAGCAGCGGCAGCAAGAAGUGGUGUCGCCGCGAGCAGUAAGGGAUGAGGACUCCGCAGCAGUGCCUGCGGUCUCACCGACCAGCCGCAGCAGCAGCGGCCGGAUCAGCAGCGGCAGCACGAGCAGCAUCAGCAGCAGCAACAGCAGCAGCAGCAGCAGCAGCAGGUGCUGCAGCAGCUUUGCUGCUUUGCGCAGCUACUUCAACUUCUACCUCCUCAGCGGCGUGCGGCGGCCAGAGGCCUCUGAGCUGCUGGGCUAUGCCUUGGCUCGCGAGCUGCAGGGCUGGGAGAGCUUGCUGCCGAGCAGCACGCUGCUGCUGCUGCAGCAGCAGCGGCAGCAACAGCAGCAGCAGCAGCUGCUGUGCUGCUGCAGGGCGCGGGGCGGCGGCUGUCUCGCUUUGCAUGCAAAGUGA